AUGUUGAACGGCGUCAGAUCUGUUCGUCGCUUGAUAUCAGGAAGGUUUUGGACAGACGAAGUUUUUGUUAUGAUGUGGUUAGAUAUGCCAACACUCGAUAUUGCAUCUGGCAGUUCAGGUAGCGAAACAAUCCACACUUUGGAUGUCGAACUAGCUGAGGAGAAUGUGGUGACGUGCCUGGCACUGCUCGAAAGCACAGAAGGUGCUCAGCUAUAUGUAGGGACCAGUCAGGGUUUGCUUGUUGUCGCAAACGCUUUAUUGAUGCAACCACUUUCUGCAUGUAGACCUUAUGGUGGUGAAUUGACUUCACUCUGUGUUGUGGAAGGACCUCGUGAUGAUGAUGUCGUCUCAAAAGUACGAACUACUCUCAGUACCACAUCAUCGGAAAGUGGUUUGACCUGGGUAAAGGAAAGAGUGAGUGAAACGCUGGAGCGUAUUCGUGGUAGCCCUGCUCCGUCACCUGGACAGACAACAGCGGUUGUUGUCACUGUCGGACGAGGAUAUAGAAGCUUGUCACAUCGUUUUGUCACUCCGACUCCGCUAAGCAACAGUUACUCGAUAGCGAUUUGGAGGGCAGAGGAAUGGGUAUAG